AGAACACUUUGUGACUGUGUAUUGACUGGAUAUAAUUAUUUGUAUACAGGAGAGAAACUGCUGUUUCAUUAAAAUCAAUUGAAAGAGCAAUCAAUAAUUCACGUGAUCAAAUUAUGACACAAUUUAAUACAAUGACAUUGAAACACCAAGGUACUGGAGCAAGGUGUGUAACUAAUUAAGAUUGUGUUUCGAAAGACCCAGACCUUCCACAUCAUGGACACACUAGGACUCAGCACUCAGUUAAAAGUUCGACAAUGUUCUAAAUGUCAGGGGGACACCAAUUUCUACUGUAACACAUGUAAACGUGAUCUGUGUUUACAGUGUAAAGAAAAACAUGUCAUUGAUCUAGAUACCAUAUACCAUGAUGUUGUGAUUUACCGUGAGAAGUUUAAAUAUAUCCCUUUUCGAAAGACCUGUGUCAGACAUCCAAAUAGAAAAUACAGAAUGUUUUGUGAUGAUUGUAACUAUUCCUUGUGCAGGUGCUGUACAGAGCAUAGUACACACACACUGGUGGAUCUUAAAACAGCCUAUCAAACAAAGCGACAACAAUACGGAAAAAUAAUUGACAUCAUAAGUAAGAAACUCUUUAACUGUCAUGUUCUCCUGGUAGGAAUCCAAACUGAUAUCGAAACUUGUCCCCCACAAAUAUGUCACCAUCAAUCACAGCAGAUGUCAACAAAAGCCCAGAGACUGAAGGAUCUGAUUGACACUGCGGUAUGUGGUGUUAAAACAAUAUAUAGAGGUGUAUUGAUUGAUAGAAUACAACAACAGAAGAGAAAAAUGAACAGGCACCUCACCCACAUACAUAACUAUGAAGACAGAUAUGAACAAUCAGCAAACAGAGCGGUACAAUUCCUCUUGUUUAUAAAGAUAAAUCGUGUUCCCCAGAUAAAGGACACCCCUAAUCUUCCACAACACUUGCUGCUGUCCCUGACUGAGGGAUUCAACAUGGAAGAUGUAGAACAGUUAUUGAUGGGAAUCACAGAAAUCCAAAUGACAACAGGAAAACGACAAAAAGCAAUAAAAGAGUGUUUGGAACUGACGUCCACACCUGUAUUACACAAGACUGUCUAUGUUGGGGGUGUUACUCGUGUGUUUCACAUAUCUGGUGUGAUGUCAAAACGGAUCUGGGUCUCCGAUGCUGAUACUCUCGUCUUCAGAGACAGAGAAGGAGUCACUGUAGACCGUGUGAUAGAUAAAACACCAUUGCAUGGAGGAAUACACACAGUUAACAAUUCUGGUGAACUGAUUUAUAUAGACAAGAAAUAUAACAUCAACAAACUUUCUUUGGACAAUGAAACAGUCACCACAUUGUUAGGGACUACACCAUGGAAACCCCGGUCAGUAUACUGCUCCCCGGUCACUGGGGAUAUGUUGGUCGGGAUGAGAAACACUGGUGCAUGGAAACAUACAGGCAAGGUAACCCGGUACGACAGUAGUGGUCAGCAUAUGCUCACCAUACAAUACAACAACACAGGUAACAAACUGUAUAGUGAUCCUCAUUAUAUCACAGAGAAUAAGAACGGUGAUAUUAUUGUGUCUGACGCGUUACGUGGUGCUGUAGUGGUGACAGAGCGCGGAGGAAAACAUCGAUUCUCUUACAGAGGACCUCCAUCACAAUCAUCACUAGAUCCGUGGGGAAUCUGUUCAGACGCACGCUCACACAUCCUGGUGUGUGAUUAUAAAACCCACACAGUGCAGAUGAUUGACAAGGAUGGUCACUUCCUUUGUCUGUUAUUGACUAGUUUACACAGGAUAUACAGACCACGUAGUCUGAACUAUGAUGAUAGAACUCACCUUCUCUGGGUCGGAUCAUUGUACAACAACGAAGUGUCUGUAUACAGAUAUAAACAUAGGAGGUACUAUCUGAAUGAUAUCCAGGCAAAAAUAAGAGAUCGCAAGAGCUUAAAGUUAUGAGGAGGUUCAGGAAUCAGAAUCAGAGUUGAAAAUCAGUGAA